AUGGCCGGCCGCAUCUCCCACUCCCACAACACUCCCGCUGGAGUCGUGGGCCUGGGCCACAGACUGCUCCCAGCCGCGCCCGUCGGCUUGCGCCGCACGCACAAGCUGUCGCUGUGCAGGGUCGCCGGGAAGGAGGUCGAGAGUAAGCCGGUGGCCGUGGAGUACCCGCACGAGGACGCCAACGGCAACGGCGGCUUUUUUCCGACCCGCGAUCCGGGUAGCUUUCCGAAUGUUGAGGUGGCUAAGCCUUCUGAGGAAGUGCCAGAAGAGGACGAGUACGAUCCACUGCGUGAUGGCCCCCUUCGGUACCUGGGAUAUGCCAACGAGUGUGGGGAGGCCUUUGCUGCUUGGCUUCCUCCCUUUGGUGUCCCUUUGUCCUAUGCGAUCGCAAUCGGCUAUGUGUUCACCGACACUGGAGACAAGUUCUUCAAGGCCUUAAAGAAAGCUGAGAAGGAACUGGGCAAUGCACAGGACAACGAUGUGGAUGUUGGGAAGUUGACCAAGUUGCUUGCAGGGGAGAGAGCUUUGGACACUGUGGUGUGGCAGCUGCUUGCGUCUGUUGCCAUUCCAGGGGCCACCAUCCAUGUGAUUGUUGCUAUCACACAUGCACUCCUGAUUUCAGGACUGCACCUGGAUACCCCGGAUGAUGUUUUGCCCGCGGCCGCUGCCUUCUUUGCCACUGUGGCUGCAACGCUGAGUGUGCCAGUGGACACUGUUUCCACAAUUGUUGAAAAGAGUGUUCCCACUUUCUGUGGACUGGCUGCCAUCCCGUUCAUUGUGCACCCCAUUGACGAGACAGUGCACGCGAUCCUCAACGUGAGCAUGCGGCCAUUCGCUCGGCAGUUCCUUUGCCAGCAGGGCGGCAGCGCUGCCGGCCUGAAGAUGUGUGAGUGCAGCAAGAUGGAGGAGGAUUUCCCCAUCCUUGAGGAGAACACCUCCCUCGUCGAGGCCUUCAGGGCAUCGUUCGACGAAGCGAACAAAGAUCACUGA